UAUUUUCAUAAAGAAGAUACGGUCACACUUUCGACUUCUCCCCAAUUUGUGACGUGUCUGCGUGGAUUUAUUGAAAAUCGCCACUUUAUUCCUAAAAUCGCCGGUAUUGACAACAAUAGGAUCAUCAAAAUGGUCGAGUUAUCCAGCGUCGUGUCCAAGUUCUACAAUGAUUACGUUCAAAACACGCCCAAGAAGCUAAAGUUGGUGGACAUCUACCUAGGCUACAUUCUGUUGACCGGCAUCAUCCAGUUUGUUUACUGCUGCCUGGUGGGAACCUUCCCGUUCAACUCAUUCCUUUCGGGCUUUAUCAGCACAGUGAGCUGCUUCGUCCUGGCCGUCUGCCUCCGUCUGCAGGCCAAUCCCCAGAACAAGGCCGUUUUCGCCGGAAUCUCCCCGGAACGCGGAUUCGCCGACUUUAUCUUCGCCCAUGUCAUCCUUCACCUGGUGGUGAUGAACUUCAUCGGUUAACAAUCUGUGUACUACAACCAUUCACAUAUAUUUAGAAUAAAAUGUAACUAAGGAAA